GCCCUUUGACCUCUUCCCUCACGAAGGAAGUCGGGUGGGGGCGUGUGCGGACGAUCUCCUGAGUUAGCGCGGUUCCUGCUCCCGGCCUGGCGUGCGCAGGUGUGAUCUCCAACAUCAUGGAAGCAGGGAAAAGCUCUCCAAAGUCCCCAGUCAGGAGAAAGCGGAAGCGAUCUCAGCGGCUCCUCAGCCGUGCGGCUGUUCCCCUGGAGUUCUACCGCUGCAACAUCUGCAAGAAGGACAUCAAGCACCUCUCCAACUUCCAGGAGCACCAGCGCAUCCACACAGGCGAGCGGCCCUACCACUGUGAGACCUGCCAGAAGAAGUUUAUCCGCUGCGCUGACCUCAUUAAGCACCGCCUGGUCCACUCGGACAGUAGGCCCCACUGCUGCGAUGCCUGUGGCAAGCACUUCAAGCUGGCUGGGGACCUGGCCAAGCACAGCAAGGUCCAUUCGGACGAGGCGCCCUUCCAGUGCGACGUGUGCGCCAAGCGCUUCAAGCGCACGUCCUGCCUCAUCAAGCAUCUCCGCAUCCACACCGAGGAGAAGCCUUUCAAGUGUUCCCAGUGCAGCAAGAGGUUCAAAUGGGAAGCCUCCGUCAAGGAGCAUCAGCGCAUCCACACAGGCGAGAGGCCUUUCAAGUGCGAGCGCUGCCCCAAGAGCUUCACCCACUUCUCCACCUUCCUGCAGCACAAGAGAACUCACCAGAACCAGAAGCAGUUCAGCUGCAAAUGCUGCUCCAAGUCCUUUAACCACAAGUCCAACCUACUGAAGCACCAGCGCACGGUCCAUGGCUAGGAGCGUGCACAGUCUUGGGUCCUGCUUCCGUGCAGCUGUGAUCAGUCUAACUUGCUUAGGCUGCCCCAGUCUUGGAGUCUGCCCAUACUCUGAGCGAGGCUGCGAAUGUGCUGAAACCCAGCACAAAAGCUGGGCCUUACGGAAGGGAGGCAGAACCUUGAGUAUGUGUGAUAAGGAGCCUGGGGUUUGGAGCAGCUCCAGCGCCAUGCUGGUUAUAGUGGUCCCUGAUGACCGGGAAGCUGCGGGCAGUGGCUGUGCACAGAUGAUAUUGGUACAGCGGUACUGGUGCAGGAGCUGCUAUCAGAUGGCUGGACUCUGGCUCACAGCCUGACCAAAGGUUCCCUUGUGAUCCCGCUUCUUAAACACCCUGCAGGACUGUGACACUUGCUAAUUUAAUCCAGGACAGAGGUCUUCCGUGUUCCAAGCUCAGAUCUGAGCAGAGCGCUGCUUAGCCAUGCUGCCAUCUGUCCCACAGAUGCAGCUGGUCUUUCAUACACUACACUACAAACUGCAGGGGGCCUCUUCGCUUCUGCUGCCUCUGUUUAUCCCCCCAUCCCCCUCAUCUUGGUUUCAAUGCUGUAGGAAUGUGUCUAGUGCACCUGAGGUUUGGGUGAAGGGAAAAAGGGCUGAUAGGGCCUGGUGUUCCACCUCCUGGGGCGGGGGGCUUGUUUCUGACUGGAUGCAUCUGCAUUAUCAUGAUUCCAUGCACUCUUGAGACAAAUACCAAACAGAAUGGUUUCCAGGAAGCAGCUGCAUAGUCUGCUUGAUGGAGAGUGUUCUUGUGGCCACUCAGUUACUGUAAAUGCUGCCUGCAGCUGCUUUAAAUCAUGAGCCUGUCAACGUCAUGUUUCUUAUCACGCACCUACCUCAAUGUGGCAGCAGCGUCUUCUGGGUGGAAUUCUGUACCAUGUCCCUUAGAGGCUUUCGCUGUAAUCUGUCACUGUAGUUCAGUUAAGCUCAUCCACCUUACUGUGUUCUGCAGUGAUGGCCAGACCUUGCAAGUAAAGAAGGUCCCCACCUCCAAGAAUCUUUGAUCUAAUGCUUUAUUCUCCAGGGAGCGGGCGUUGGACCUCUACUUCCUGACAGAAGAAGGGCUGGAGAGCAAACUUGAGAGGAGUGUAUGUGAACCGCUGGAGAUUUUCCCUCUUUUCCCCCAACACGCCCACCUCCCAAGGAGGGACGGGCUCCAGCCCAAUGACAGCAUUUAACUGAGUAUUUUCUCGUGGUCACUAAUAAACAAGCUCAUAAAGUUA